AUGAAUAGUACUUCCUCUCGAGGUCCUAUCAGCGGUGGGGCCGGUAGUAACAACAACAGCAGCAGCAGUGUAAAUAAUCUUAACAACAUCAAUAAUAUCAAUAGUGGCAACAAUGGUGGUGUGCGCCGCUCUUCCCGCCGUGUGAGUCUCAAUCCACGCGUGCAUGAACACAUCCCACCGGAGUAUUUACCAAACUUGUCCAAAUACAAAUACAGUGGAUCUGAUUCUAGUAUUAUUGGUCGCUAUAUUAUGCAACCAUACUGGAAUUUUAUUGUAAGUCUUGUACCAAUGACAGUGGCACCAAAUGCGAUUACACUUACAGGAUUUUGUAUUGGUGUUUCUUCUUCACUAUUGGUGAUGUUCUUUUACUUUUUUUGUGAUGCUGUUUAUCCUCCAUGGGUAUGGUAUUAUGCGGCGGCAGCUCUUUUUAUAUAUCAAACAUUGGAUGCUAUUGAUGGGAAACAAGCUCGUCGAACUCAAAUGUGUGGUCCAUUAGGUGAACUCUUUGAUCAUGGAUGUGAUGCUUUUUUAACUCCAUUAGUACAAGUAAAUAUAUCUUGUGCUUUAAAUGUAUCAAAUGAAAUGGCUUUUGUAUUUUGUACAUUGUCUUCAUGUGUACUAUUUGCAGCGAUAUGGGAACAGUUUAGUACGGGAUCAUUAGAUCUUGGAAGAAUUAAUGGACCUACAGAAGGUAUUCUUUUGGCUUGUUCUAUUUUUCUUAUCACUGGAUGGUAUUCUACAUCUAUUUGGGAUUUAACGGUGAUAGGACCUUAUGAAAUAGUUUUACCUUCUCUCUUUGGAGGUGGAUUAUUUGUUAUUUCAACCAUUCGUAGUUUAUUUUUUGUAUUUUUUCUUAUCAGUAGCGCUUUGACGAUAGGAACAAAUAUUUUACACGUUGUCCAACGACCCAGUGUGCAUACAAGAGGAAUACCAUUUUUGGUAGCAUUUCCCAUGUUUCUUAUUCUAGUCCUUCACGUGAUUUUAUUUUUUACCUAUUCGUUUAUUCAUGAUAGAUAUCCAUUUGCAUUUGAGUUAAGUUUUGGAUUUUUAACUUCUUACACUGUUACUCGAAUGACUGUGGCAAGACUUUGUGCGAUGCCGUAUAAUCUUUUCAAUGGAUUUUAUCUCAUCUCUCUCUUUAUUACUCUUGGCGCUCUUAUUGUACAUAUGUACUUUGGUUGGAUUGAGAAUAAAUAUUUAAAACCAUCACUGGGAUCUGCUAUGGUGGGAUUAUCCGCAUUGGGAGUUUGGCAGUAUUUACAUAUGAUUCUCUCACUCUUUACACAGAUCUCAUAUUUCUUUAAUAUUCCAAUUCUCUCCAUCGCCUCUCAGAAAGAAAGAGACAUGAAGCGGGAUUAA